AUGGGUGGAAUUGCAGUGUGUUGCAGUGGAGAUGUAUGCUGCACAUGCAUAUGUGGAAUCUGCAUGAGAGACAAUAUAAUUAAAAAUUAUCAUGAAGCUCUUUUAAGUGAAGAUAGUGCUGAAAAAACUGAUAACCCUCUUGCUCGAUUUAAGCAAUUAACAUUGGAUAAAUGAAUCCAACCAUUUGAGAAAAUGAAAGAUCAGCCCAAAUAA